UCUUAUAAGAUAAACGUUGUCAUAAAAUGUCAUAAAAUACUUAAGGGGCUCAGUGACGUGUGCCCCACUGCUUGGGAAUGUCGCCAAUCUAGACUUAAAGUUCCUCUGGACCGCAGACGAAACUGUCACAACGCAAAGUCAUAGUUUCGGAUUUUGACGAUCUUUGUGGAGUAAGAGUUUUGUCUUCAAAGUUAUCACUAGCUUAUAACUGCUUGAAUCAACGCUAUGGGAAAGCAAGUCAAGUUCAUGUUAACAUGUGUGAUAAUGUUUUUGGCAAUCAACCUGUCAGGCACCGUCCCUACGCACAGUCCAGGCAGUCCAGGUGCUUUAGAAAUGAGCGUUAUUAUAGUUGGCUCUACAGUCGGUUUCCUUACCAUGUGUGCCUUAAUCUGCUGUUGCUAUUGUAAACGAAGGAGAGGAGGCGUGAUACAAACCCCUAGAAAUGCCAUUGUGUACACAACAGCGACCGUACCAGUAGGACAAGGCUACUCAAUUGGGCUGUCGUCACCUCCACCAAAUACAGGAUAUGGGCCAGGAAUGUCUCAACAGUUCGUUGCACAGGGGUCAGGGAUACAGGCGCCAAAUGCCUGAUAUGGACCAGGAAUGAUACCACCAACCACAGAACUAGGACCAGAAUUGACACACGAUUCAUUACCAUGGGAACCUGUAACUGCAUCGGAUGCACC